AGAGGUAGCUGGCAAGUUCCCGGGCUACUUGUCUACUUCCCAGAAGCUGCUCUUCUCGGACAUUCCCAAUGGACUUGCGGCAAUCUCCAAGGUGCCUUUGGCAGGCUGGAUUCAGAUCUUUGGCUACUGCGCCUACUGCGAGAUCUCUGCCGGCUAUGAUGCGGACAUCACCAAGCGCACCCCUGGUGACAUGGGAUGGAACCCACCUCUCUUCUCUGGAAACAAUCCUGACACCAAGACACGCCGAUUGAACGCAGAGCUUGCGAACGGACGCCUGGCAAUGAUGGCCACCAUGGGCAUGUUCUUUCAGGAUGGCUUGACCGGAAGCGCCUGGGGUGACUGGGCCAACUACACUGACUCACCUUUGCGUGCAUUCGAGAACGAGCUGGGUGUUCAGGAGCCA